AUGCCUGGAAAUCUCCUCUCAGAUUCUUCUGAAAUGGCAUCUGAAAUCUCCCCAAAGCACACACCUGGGAGCAUGGAGAUGGGUGGCACUGUGGAGAAUCAUGGCAGCCAAGCUAAGUGCAGAAAUCUUGCCUUGGACGAUGAGAGUCUGAAAUACUUAACUCACGAGGAGCAGGAUGUUCUCAUGUUCUUUGAGGAAACCAUAGAUGCCUUAGAAGAUGACUUGGAGGAGCCAGUCCAACGUGACAGUGGCAUCCACUGUCAGUCUCCGAGGUCAACAGAAGAAAAUGUGUCCAGUCAUUCAGAAACUGAAGAUAUCAUUGACUUAGUCCAGUUAACACCUGAAAGUAGUGACCAUGAAGGUCCUUCUGGUGGAGAUACAGAGCCAGUGUUGGAUGCACCCUCAAGAACAGAGAGCCCCAAGCCAGCUGUGCUCACUGACCUGCCCUCACAUCCUGCUGGGCCACCACCACCCCCCUCAGAGGCGCUUCCUCUUCCUCCUCCACUCCCUCCUCCUGUGCAGCACCCCAAACUGCUUCGGUCUGUCCCCACUCCGCUCAUCAUGGCCCAGAAGAUCUCUGAGCAGCAGAUGGAGAGCAGGGUGCGCUUCCCCAGCGCCCUCAAGGAAGGGAUUUUGGACAGGAAGAAACCUCCAGUAGCCAACGGUGAUUCUUUUGGGGCUCCCAAGCACGCUCCUGCCCCUGCCCCCAAACUGCACCGGUUCCCCAGCAACAUCAACAUCACAAAUGUCAGCGGCAGAGAGUUCAGCGAGACUAUUUCAAAGGCAGCAGUUAACGUCCAGGAGCGGAGAGCUCAGGUGCUGGCCAACAUCAAUGGAGGAGCUUUUCUGGCAGCUGAGCUGGAGGAGAAGCUGCAGAAGAACGAUUUCCUGUCACGUAACAGAAGUUCUUCCUUAAGGGAUCUCUCCUCGGAGCAAACUCGAUACGAGGCCCUGACAAAACUCGGCCUCGUUAAGGGGAAGCCAGCUCAGGAUCAAGUGGACCAUGCUCCGGGCGCUCGGCAGCUCGAGGGGCAGCCCAAGCAGGCAGAGGCUGUUCCCAAUGGAUACCAAAACAUCCAUGAGGUUUUAAAAAGGGAGCCCAGCCCUUUCCUUCCUACGGGCAAGACGGUGACCAUCAAACCAGAGGCAGCUCUCGCCGCGAACAAGGUCAGCAGCGCGCAGCAGAGCACAGCAAAAACUCUUAAUGAUUAUAAACAACCCAGUCUAAACCUGGACAUGAGGAGGAGGUCGGGUUCGCUGCCUCGGCCCUCGGGGUUUCGAUCCCAGGGGGUCACAGUGAAGUUUUCUGGCCGUGGCUCAACAGAAGAAGCUCGGAGAGAGGCACUUCGGAAACUGGGGCUACUGAAAGAGACGGCGUAA